GCGGGGUUUUGAUUGAACUAACCGGCUUGGCGCGGCAUCACUGCUGUCACAGCUGAAUGUCAACAAAUCGUCCGAACUGUGUACUUAAUUCGUUUUAAAAAUGUCUGAGAUUAACUUUAAUUUUAACAUGAAGGUGAUUAAAAGCGAAAUUCAAAGGGCUAUUUCAGAAUUAUCUGAAAGAGGCUUAUUGCACAGCACAAAAUGGUUGGCCGAAAUGAACAUAGCUUUGAAGGAUGUACCAAUCAACUCCUCAGACUAUUCAGCUGUCUAUAAUACCACUAGUAAUUUUGGAGAAGAUGAUUCAGAUUUAUAUGUACUUGCCAAAACUUAUUUUGACCUCAAAGAACUAGAUAGAUGUGCCUUUUACACCAAAAAUAGCACUUCUCCAAGGAUAAAAUUUCUUCACUUAUAUUCGCGGUAUCUUUCAGGGGAAAGAAAAAAGCUUCAUGACAUGACUGAUACUGCCUUACCGCCAGAUCCAACGCAAAAUACUUCAUUACGUGAAUUGUCAAGUGAAUUGCGGUUUGAGCAUAAGGAAGGGAAACUUGAUGCAUAUUGUCUUUAUUUGUAUGGAAUCGUCCUCAAACGCCUAGAGCUUGUGAGGGAGGCUCAAAAUGUCCUAAUUGAAGCAAUUCACAAGGAGCCUAUGCACUGGGGGGCUUGGCUAGAACUAGCAGCACUUGUGUCUGACAAGGGAAAGUUUCCUAUGUCAUCGCUCCCAAUUCACUGGAUGAGACACUUUUUUGAAGCUCAUACCUACUUAGAACAGCAACUGAAUGAUGCUGCUUUGGAGGUUUUCUACCAACUGCAGCAAAAUGGGUUUGAGAAAAGUAGUUAUAUUACUGCUCAAACAGCCAUAGCUUCUCACAACAGAAGAGAGGUUGAUACUGCUAUAGCCACAUUCCGCAAUUUGCACAAAGAAGACCCGUAUAGAUUAGACAACUUAGAUGUGUACUCUAAUCUUCUCUAUGUCAAAGAAUUAAGAGUAGAGUUAUCUCAAUUGGCACAUCAUGUGUGUGAAGUUGAUAAAUAUAGGGUAGAAACUUGUUGUGUCAUAGGAAAUUACUAUAGUUUACGUUCUGAACAUCAAAAGGCUGUGCUGUAUUUUCAAAGAGCAUUAAAAUUAAAUCCUCAGUACUUGUCUGCCUGGACGCUAAUGGGACAUGAGUUGAUGGAAAUGAAAAACACUUAUGCUGCAAUUCAAAGCUAUAGACAAGCAAUUGAGGUCAAUAGGAGGGACUAUCGUGCCUGGUACGGUCUUGGUCAGACCUAUGAAAUACUGAAGAUGCCUUUUUACUGCCUUUAUUACUACAAGCAAGCUCAACAAUUGAAACCAAACGACUCUCGUAUGCUGAUAGCACUAGGAGAAACAUAUGAGAAGCUUGAUAAAAUCCAGGAAGGAUUGAAGUGCUACUUUAAGGCUAGAAGUGUUGGUGAUAUUGAAGGCAUUGCUCUUCUCAAAAUGGCUAAACUUUACGAUAAACUACAAGAGAGUGAAAAUGCAUCAGCUGCAUAUAUUGAAUAUGUGACUGACAAUGAAUGUAGUCAAGCAGGCGACAAGAGCGAAGUUAGCCAAGCUUAUAAAUACCUUGCAAACCAUUACAUCAAACGUAACCAAUUAGAUGAAGCAUACAAGUAUGCUCAUAAAUGUCUUGAUUAUGAAGAGACAAGAGAAGAAGGUAAAGCACUAUUGAAGGCUGUAGCUCAAACAAGAAGUCAAGCUGACAGAGAAAUGAUGGUCAGUAAUAUUUCUAUGUCUUGUUAACAUACAUCAUUCGGAACAUUUUAAUAUUGUUAUCUUAUUGUUAAAUCUGAUUUUAAAAGAAAUUAAAAUGAAGAUUUUGCAGUCAACUGACUAUCA